AUGGAUCUUGGGGAGUUCACACGGGAGAAGGAGCCGCUGCUGUACAAGUUACAGGGCGUUGUUGCUCAUGACGGCACAUUGAAAGCUGGCCAUUAUAUUGCAGCUGUUCGACAACUCGAGGGGAUCGCUUUCCGGACCAUCAACGACGACGAGGUCCGGAAGAUCUCUACGGGCAUGGGAAAUGUGACGGAGCUUAAGAAGCCGGGGACGCUUCGCCAGGACUUUGACCCGUGCAUUCUGUUCUACAGUAAGUUCGCUACUUAG